CACACACACACACACACACACGCACGCACACACAUGCAUCCACACACUCAAACACCUACAAACGCACACAUUCUGGGUCAUUUAAAAGAGGCAGACCUGCAAAAAAGGCGCUUGCUUCAAUUAGAGCUCCCUCAGACGGAUCCCCGGUGUGGACAUUUUUUUAUUUAUUUCAUUUUUCAUUUACUUUCAUCACAGCCUCCUUGGAUUUUGCCUCAAGUGCCUCUCUUUGCGCAUAGCGCCCUGACAGCACACAUCUAUGACCAAUCGAGGCAUAUUCUGACUGAAAUAAGCAAUCGGUGAAUGGGAAACAGAAACACGGAGCCAUCGCCACCUUCCCCCCCCCAUCUUGACACACACACACACACACACGUGCGCCUUCCCAUUGGUGAGAUUUGCGCACCCGACGGCGGAGCCGGUGUGUGCGCUCAGCCGGGCCGGGCGCGCGUCGUCUGGGAGGAGUAGACGGGAUGGAGUCGUUUUUCACAGAGGGGGCCCGAGUUUGGGUCAGGGAGAAGGAGCAGCUGCUCCCAGCCACUGUCAACUCCUGUGGAGAUGGAACCCUGGUGGUCACAACGGACUAUGGAGAGGUGUUUUACCUACAGCAGGCCGAGGUCACCAGGGAGCGGGUGUAUGCGAUGCACCAGUCCAGCAUCGACGGGGUGGAGGACAUGUCGGCACUGGCUGAGUUGCAUGAGGCUGCAAUCAUGCACAACCUUUACCAGCGCUACCAAAAGGAUAACAUUUACACCAAUAUUGGAAGUAUCCUGGCUGCUGUCAACCCAUAUAAACAGAUCCCAGGGUUGUACGAUCUGGACAGAGUGGACUUGUACUCCAAGCACCAUCUGGGGGAACUCCCGCCGCACAUUUUUGCCGUGGCCAAUGAAUGUUAUCGCUGCAUCUGGAAACGUCACGACAGUCAGUGUGUCCUCAUAAGUGGUGAAUCAGGAGCGGGGAAGACGGAGAGCACCAAACUGCUGCUGCAGUUUCUGUCGGUGAUGAGCCAGAACUCGAUCGCAGCUCCUCAGUCGGAGAGAACUACGCACGUGGAGCAGGCCAUCGUUCAGAGCAGUCCAAUCAUGGAGGCUUUUGGGAACGCAAAGACCGUUUACAACAACAACUCCAGUCGCUUUGGGAAGUUCAUCCAGCUUCACUUCUCAGAGUGCGGCAACAUCCAAGGAGGCUGCGUCAUCGACUAUUUACUGGAAAAGAACCGUGUGGUACGACAAAACCCGGGAGAGAGAAACUACCACAUCUUCUAUGCUCUGCUGGCAGGAGCCAGUAAUGAGGAUAAAAGUCUGUAUUUCCUGGAGGAGCCUGCUGAAUCUUUCCACUACCUCAGCCAAUCAGGAUGUCUGAAGGACAAGAGCCUGAAUGACAAAGAACUGUACAACAGUGUUAUGGAGGCACUGAAGGUUUUAGGGUUUACAGAGGAAGAAAUCAGAGACAUGUUCAAGCUGCUGUCGGGAGUCUUGCAGCUGGGCAACAUGGAGUUCAUGCUCGCAGGAGGGGCUCAGAUCACCACCAAGCAAGUGGUCAGUAAUGCCAGUGAACUGUUGGGUCUGGACGCCUUCCAGCUCUCCGAAGUCCUGACUCAGCGAUCCAUAAUCCUCAGGGGAGAGGAAAUCUGUUCCCCUCUCACUAUUGAACAGGCCAUCGAUUCCAGGGACUCUGUCUCGAUGGCGCUGUACUCCCAGUGUUUCUCCUGGAUCAUCCUCAAGAUUAACCAGAAGAUCAAGGGAAAAGAAAAUUUCAAAUCCAUUGGCAUCCUUGAUAUCUUUGGCUUUGAAAACUUUGAGGUGAAUCGGUUUGAGCAGUUUAACAUCAACUACGCCAACGAGAAGCUCCAGGCGUACUUUAACAAGCACAUCUUCUCCCUGGAGCAGCUGGAGUACAACAGGGAAGGAGUUCAGUGGGAUGCCAUCGACUGGAUGGACAAUGCAGAGUGUCUCGACCUCAUAGAGAAGAAACUUGGCCUGUUGGCACUUGUGAACGAAGAGAGCCGAUUCCCCAAAGGAACAGAUUUCACUCUGCUGGAGAAGUUGCACAGCAGACACUCUACAAACCCUUACUAUGUGAAGCCCAGGGUUGCAGAUCAUCAGUUUGGGAUCAAGCAUUAUGCCGGAGAGGUGCUGUAUGAUGUGAGAGGCAUCUUGGAGAAAAACAGAGACACGUUCAGGGACGACAUCCUGAACAUGCUCAAGGACAGCAGGUUGGACUUCAUCUACGACUUGUUUGAGAAGGUCGGCAGCAGAAACAAUGAGGAGAAGAUGGGGACAGCCAGACGUAAGCCCACAGUGAGCUCCCAGUUCAGGGACUCCCUCCAUGCUCUCAUGGCCACACUUAGUGCAUCCAAUCCGUUCUUCAUUCGCUGCAUUAAGCCCAACAUGGAAAAGAAUCCGAACGUGUUUGACCCAGAAACCGUCCUGAACCAGCUAAGAUAUUCAGGGAUGCUGGAGACGGUGAAGAUCCGUCGCGCUGGAUUCCCCGUUCGCAGAACAUUCAAAGAUUUUUUCUCACGGUAUAAAAUCAUCAUAAACGACAAGGUGCCAGCAGCGGGGGACGACAAGAAAAGAAGCACUGAUCUCUUAACUAAAUAUGAUAAGACUAAGAAGGAGUGGCAGCUGGGAAAGACCAAGGUGUUCAUGAAGGAGUCUUUGGAGCAGCGUUUGGAGAAAGACAGAGAUGAAAUCCGGCGUCAAGCUGCCAUGAUAAUCCGAGCCCAUCUCCUCACUUUUUCUGCAAAGAAGCGUUUCAAACAGGUUCGCUCCAGCAUUGUUGUUCUGCAGAAGCACUUGCGGAGGCACGUCCAGCGCAGACAGUUCGUCAAGAAGCGCAGGGCGGCGCUGGUGCUGCAGAAACACAGGCGAGGGCAGGUGGCCCGCACCCGCGUUCGCAAACUCAGAGAGGAGAAGAAGAAGAGGGAAGAAGAGCAAAGGAAGGAGGAGGAGGAAGAGAAGAAGAAGUCGGGCGGAGAGGAAAACGAAGAGGUUAAUGAAGACGAUAAGAAGGAUGAAGCUCGUCAAAUGGAGGAGAUCCUCCAGCUGGAGAAAGAGAUCGAGCGCCUGCAGAAAAAGCGGGAGGACGAGGUGUCGCAGUUGUGCGAGUCGUCCAAACAGGAGCUGCAGUUGCGUCGGGACGCUGAGCUCAAGAGGAUGAAGAAGGAGGCGUCCCGGAAGGCAACGGAGCUCAUCGACCUCCUGAACUUUGGGGGCGUGGACCCCUCUGCGGAAGCAGUCGGAGCCAAGCCUGCAGCGGAGGCGAAAACCGCAAAGGCGGUGAGCACAGCUGGAGGGGCCUCGAAAGAGGAGGAUGUGGACGAAGGCUUCCAUGCAGAGGAGGAGUGCAUCCCCCUGCCAGACUUCCCACCCCCUGCUGAGUCAGACGCUCCCAUAGAUCAGGACAUAUUUGUUCACCUUCCUCCUCCUCCGCCUGCUUUUGCAGAGGGAACCGUUCCCCCCGCGCCUCCUCCACUUCCAGCAGACAGCGACCCCGCCGCUGGAAUCCCUCCACCUCCUCCGCUCCCUCCACCUGGAGACGGGGCUACCAUUCCUCCUCCUUCUUCUCUUCCUCCUCCGGCAGAGGGAGAGAAAACGGAGGAAACAAAAACAGACUCGGAGAGGAAAGUGAGCAUGGUGGAGAGCCUGGUGGACGGAGAGGAGCCCAUCUACAGCAUGCCGGCCGACACGGAGUCGGACUACGACCAGGAAGACGAGGAGGGCUCCGUCAAUGCCGGGGACGACAGCUCGGUGUCUGGAAGCAACCGCGGGAGCGCUACCGUGACGGACGAGGAGCACCCGAGGAAGUCUACCUGCACCAACACCAGCGUGGAGUCCUACAGAGGCAGCUCUGACUCUGUGAGGACACACACUUACUCGCUUCCUCACACGCGCGCACGCAGACAUUACGCGGACAGCGAAGAUGAACAUGAUGGCAUGAUGGACACUGAUGAAGAGGUGACGAACGGACGCGUGACUUUGCUCAACGGAAACGGGCCGCCAUAUUUCCAUGGUUACCUCUACAUGAAAGCUGGUCUGAUGAUCCCAUGGAAGCGGCGCUGGUGUGUGUUAAAAGACGAGACGUUCAUGUGGUUCCGGUCCAAGCAGGAGUCCCUGAAGUCCGGAUGGCUCUACAAGAAGGGAGGAGGGCUGUCCACUCUUUCCCGGAGGUUAAACUGGAAGAUGCGCUGGUUUGUGCUGCGAGACAGCAAACUGAUGUACUACGAGAACGACAGCGAGGAGAAGCUGAAAGGAACCAUCGACAUCAGGGCGGCCAAGGAGAUCGUGGACAAUCAUGAGAAAGAGAACGCUCUGAACAUCGUGACAGACGAGAGGACGUACCAGGUGUUUGCCGAGUCGCCAGAAGAUGCAAGUGGAUGGUUUAAUGUGCUUAGCAAGGUGAGAGUGUGCACUCCUGAACAGCUGCUGGACAUGUCCCACGAGCAGGCCAAUCCUAAAAAUGCUGUUGGAACUCUUGAUGUAGGGCUUAUCGACUCUGUUUGUGCAUCAGACAACCCCGAUCGCCCAAAUUCAUUUGUCAUCAUUACGGCAAACCGGGUGAUCCACUGCAACAGCGACACACCCGAGGAGAUGCAUCACUGGAUCAGUCUGCUGCAGAAACCCAAGGGAGAUGCCAGGAUAGAUGGACAGGAGUUCCUUGUCAGAGGUUGGCUCCACAAGGAGAUGAAGACGAACGCCAAGAGCACGUCCCUGAAGCUGAAGAAACGGUGGUUUGUUUUGACACACAACUCUCUGGAUUACUACAAGAGCGCAGAGAAAAACUCGUCCAAGAUGGGGACUCUGGUCCUCAACUCGCUCUGCUCCGUCAUUCAGCCGGAUGAGCGGGUCCACAAGGAGACUGGCUACUGGAACAUCAUUGUGUAUGGAAGGAAGCAUUGCUAUCGCCUAUAUACCAAAAUGCUGAACGAGGCCAUGAGAUGGACGGCUGCAAUCCUGGGAGUCAUCGAAAGCAAAACUCCGAUCGAAACCCCGACUCUGCAGCUCAUCAGAGAUAUCAAGGAGAACAGUGUGAAUGCAGAAAUAGUGGAGCAGAUGUACAGGAGGAACCCCAUCCUGAGAUACACACAGCAUCCGCUGCACUCGCCUCUGCUGCCGCUGCCUUACGGAGAGGUCACCAGCUUACAUCGGCAGCAGGGAUACGCCAGUCUGCAGGACGAGGCGGUGAGAGUUUUCAAUUCGCUUCAGGAGAUGGAGACGCUGGCAGACACGGUGCCCAUCAUUCAGGGCAUCCUGCAGACCUGCCAGGAUCUGCGCCCUCUCAGGGAUGAGGUUUACUGUCAGGUGAUCAAGCAGACCAAUCAUGUGCCUCAACCAAACAGCCCAGCCAAUCUGGCACACUGGCACCUGCUCACCUGCAUGAGCUGCACCUUCCUGCCCAGUCGAGCCAUCCUCAGAUACCUCCGCUUCCACCUUAAAAGGGUACGGGAGCGUUAUCCCGGCACCGAGAUCGAGCGCUAUGCCAGCUUCAUCGGAGAGUCCCUGAAGAAGACCAAGACUCGUGAGUUUGUCCCGUCUCAGGAGGAGAUCGCCGCCCUGCUGCUCAGGCAGGAAAUGAGCACCACCGUGUACUGCCACGGCGGAGGCUCCUGCAAGAUCUCCAUUAACUCGCACACCACAGCUGGAGAGGUUGUUGAGAAGCUCAUCAGAGGUCUGGCCAUGGAGGACAGCAAGAACCUGUUUUCUCUAUUCGAACACAACACUUUCACAGACAGAGCGCUGGAGAGCAGAGUGAUUGUGGCGGAUGUUCUGGCCAAGUUUGAGAGACUGGCAGGCAGUGAAGAGGAUGAGGAGGAGGGAGAGUGGAAACUGUACUUCAAGCUGUACUGCUUCCUGGAUGUGGAAAGCAUGCCCAAGGAGGGAGUGGAGUUUGCAUUCAUGUUUGAACAGGCUCAUGAAUCAUUAAUCAGCGGCCACUUCCCUGCCUCGGAGGAGACUUUGCAGCACCUGGCAGCUUUACGUCUCCAGUAUCUCCACGGCGAUGGGGCGGGUCGGGCUGGAUGGAGCCUGGGGAGCGUCUAUCCGAUCGGACGCCUCCGGAAUCGCAUCUUGCAGUCCACCAAACCGGGCGUAAGCGCGGCAGGCGGAGCCGGGUCGAGAGGCAGCGGAGGAAUCGGAGAUGUGAUCGGGACCAUCGGGGGACAGGGCGGGACCGGGGCCAGCACGGAGAAACGAAAGACUCCCACCUUCAGGGAUUCCUCCCUCAGGAAAAGCAAAACAGGUUCACUGAAGAAGCAGAAGGUGGAAGGGGAGCAGAGGCUGGAGAUGUGGGUGAAGGAGGAGACGUCUGCCACGCGCACCAGCAUUCUGGAGAAGUGGGCCCGCCUGCAGGGCAUGCCACAGCACCAGGCCAUGCUCAAGUACAUGAGCAUCAUCAAGGAGUGGCCCGGAUACGGCUCCACUCUCUUCGACGUGGAGUGUAAAGAAGGCGGGUUUCCUAACGAUCUGUGGCUGGGUGUGAGUGCCGACAAUGUUUCUGUGUAUAAGCGAGGUGACCCGAAACCACUGGAGACGUUCCAGUAUGAGCACAUAACCUUCUUUGGAGCCUCGCAGCCCUGCACCUAUAAGAUCAUCGUGGAUGAGAGAGAGAUGUACUUCGAGACUCCACAGGUUGGAGAGAUCACCAAGAUCAUGAAGGCCUACAUCAACAUGAUGGUGAAGAAGCGUUGCAGCAUCAUGUCCGUGAGCAGCGUCUCCAGUUCCUGGGCCAGGUGAUCACCAAGCCCCUCCUCGGUUCGUCCAUCCAUCCAGCAGCAGCAGCAGGCUCCUUCUUUGUGUGUUUGGGUCUUGAUGAAGGCAGUUGCAGCUGCCAGAAAAUCCAACAGGUUGAGUCAACUUAAAUGAAUUCGGGAGACAUGGAAAACGAAGCCUGAGUCUUACUUGAGAUUAAAACGAGCACGGCAGACAAAAACAAGUGGUUUUGGACUUUCACCUAAAACAUACACCACCCCCAGCUGUAAUAAUGCAUGUAGAUGUUCAAGCACAUCACACACUGCUCUGUUGUUCCCUUUUCAGGCAAAAAAAAAAGAAAGAAAAAGAACAAUAACAAGCACAAAUUAGCCACCCAGUUUUAGUCCGGGAGGCCUCUCCGUUCUCUCUGCGCACUGCCAGACAAGAAGUAAACCACACCCUUUCUUUGUUUGACCCUCAUUCCUCCGAUUUUCAAUCUCUCUCUCUCUCUUUCUCUUUGUGUUUCUUUAUUCUUAUGGCAUCUUUUUUUCUGUUGCCAUUAAGUUCUAGUUCUUCUUCUUGCUUGCUUUUUUGGUGUCGUUUCCAGUCUUUAUCUUUAACGUCAGCAGUGUUACCUUUGAGUAAAAGAACUGAAAAAAUUCUUCUUCUGGGAGUCUUACGCCUCCCUGUCCUACUCGUUAGUGCCACCAUGUGGCCACGAAGAAAACACAGCAACAGGAAGCGUCUGUGAGUGUCAUGAAAAGAUUCAAGGUGGCUCUGUGGAAGCUUACCUGACAUUAGGAGUCAGUGCAGAGUUCAUGUGCAUUUGGCUCCGCAGAAAGACUAAUAUCUAUUUAUGUGAAGAUGUAACACAGCCUGCAUAGCCCUGUAUAGUCACAACUAUGUACACUUAAAUGAAACAAAUGUAUCAUUUUGUAUGAAUCAUACACAUACUGCAGAGUGGAUUUGAUUUUCCUUUUGGUGGCUACUGCACUGUAAAGCCUAGAGAUGCCAUAACCUAACACAAUGUGAUGCCUGUCAUGUAAAAAUACAUGCAGAAAAAUUUAUAUUAAGAAUUAUCACUGUAUGUCUGAGGACUGUGAUGCCUAUGAUGUGCACCGUUCACUCGCUGUGACUCACGGAAAAGUAAAAAUGAGCGGAAACAAAGGCUGUGCUGCAUCUGUCUUCAGUCAUUGACAAGUUUACCGUUGUCGUCGUUUGCAGGAGUCACUCUCCCACUUUACCAAGAGCCAUAAAAUACUCUAUAGUCUUAUCUGCUUAAUCAAAUUUCUUUCUUUUUUUUAAACUGAGGAGCUCAGGACACAUGCAUCAAUAAGUGAGUAAAUUAGAAUACAACCAAAAGGAUUUUGUUUUCACCAUCACGCUUCACGGCUCAGAAAAACUCAACAAAUUCAGUUUCUCGCUUGCUCACCUUUUUUCCUUCCACUCAACUUUUCAUUAAUGUGAAGUGAAAAGCACUUUGUGAAGAGUCAGCUUCUCUAGCAACACUCCUAUAUGACUUGCCACAAAAAUUUAAUUACUGGUCUUAUGUAAUAUUCAAAUUACUGGAGAAGCUGAAUUUUAAGCCGUCACGAUUUCCACUUGAAAUAUGUCUUUGUGUGGUAAAUUUCUAUACAUGAUUUCCACUAAUUGAACUUAAUUAAUCAACUAACUUAUCUUUUUGCUGAUAUUCUAAUUUAUUAAAAACGCAUGUGUGCAAGCUCCAGUUUGUGUUUCCACUCUGAACAUUUCAACUUGACACUUUAUUGUCUAUAUGAUAUUAUUAUUAUUAUUGUAUAAGCCCUCUAUAUUAUCUGUCCUUAAAUGUGAUAUCUGGAUUGCUGCUGUGUGGGUGAGUGUUAAAGCAGACUGCUGGGAAAUGGAAAAGAGAAAAGAGAAGGUGUUGUGAUGAGUGUAUUCUUUAAAAAUAAGAUGUAUUUAUAUGAUCACUUUUUUGCAAGGAAUGGUGUUGUAAUUGUGAGUUUGCAUAAGGUAAAAAAAGCAUGGGAAUCGUAAUGGGAAGGUAUGGAGCUUAUUUAUUACUCUAUGUAUCGUAUGUAUUUCAAUGUCUGUUUGGAGGGAACUGAAAACAUCCCGAGUCUUUAGAAUAUUACCAGUAAGACGUGCCAGUGUUGGUUUCUGGUUUCCAGGGGAGGAUUUAUAUUCACCAGUUUUACGUGACUUUUGAUUGGCUUUGGAGGUGACAGAAGGAAGGGCUCACCUAGGGAGCUAUUCAUGCAAAAACCACAGGUUGGAACGGGUCUGUUAAGUGUACUACAGCUAGGGGGCUGCAUCGCUGACUUGUAUGACCACCAGAGAGCAAAAACAAAGACAUUUUUCUAAUGCUAAAACAUCGUGCAGCUGUUAUGGUGCAUUUUAUUUAAAACAUAUUUUACCCAACGUUAGGGGCAAUAAGAGUUUUGACUCCAAAUGCAUUUAAUUUUUGGGCUUUUCACACGAGCUACUGGCAGAUUAGAAGAUGAAGAAAUUGGAUAUAUUUGUUUUCUUAAGGGUAACAAUGACCAGUGCUGUUGCAAAGAUGGAAAACAGUAACAUAAGAAAUUUAAGACUUCUAAUCAGACCCAGUUAUAACACCCACAAAGAUGUUUUUCUGUUCUGUUGAAUAAUGUAAUCAACACUGAACCAGGCAGUUUUAAAUGUGGAGUUAAAUUAUCUGAAAAAAAAAAACCACAAAAACUCCUCUAAUAACCAGAUAUAAUAAUAUUUAGAAUCUUCUCACUAGUUUCAAGUGACUCAGGCUAACAUAUGCUGAAAAGUGGGAUCAUUUAAUUUCAUAAGCCAUAAUUACGGAGCAACCUGGAGGGGGAUCCGUGUUGCUCGCUCUGCUGGCUUAGUGUGAGAAAUUCACCCUGCAGCUUCUGAAAUGAGAUCAGCUUGUGGAAAAGAAAAAAAAAAUGCAAUUUGAAAUUAAAAGUCAACAGUAUCUGAUCACAAAUCUAUCUUCAAGGGCAACUCCAUCACAAGGGCUCCUGUUAUCAGCCGCAGGCGGCCAGAGCUGAGCCCAUCAUCCUGUUCCGCUUGUUAUCAUCGUUGCAUAGUGAAUCAUUGUGCUUGUUGGGGGGGUAAAAAAACGAGGAAGAGAGAGAUGUGUGUGUCGUUUCUUUUUUUAAUUUGUAAAUGGCUUUACGAAAUUAUGCUUUAAUAAAUUAUUGGAAGCUA